AUGUGCGACGAUCGAUCUUAUUACAGGCCUUCCAUGAAUCAGAGGCCUCAAUCUCACCACCCAAAUCUCGCCCUGCCUUUCAGAGGCGCUAGAAGCUCCAGGGCGGGCGAUUACCAAAGCCCUGUCGCCAAUCGAUAUAGUGAAGCGGUCGGCGAGUGUGCCACACUUGGAACAAACGAAUGGCAGGGCUCAUCUACUGAGGCCAAUCUUUACCACCAGUAUCCAUCCCGGCGUUCUGCAUUUGCAUACCAUCACCUGAAACUGGACCUACUGCAGCUUUCGAUGGACUCUUUCAAGCGAUGGGCACCUGGCGUAGAGUACAGCGCGCCACUGGAAGACAGGGCGCAGCCACAGGAACGAUUCAGGACGCCACGCCGCUAUUCAAGCACCCGACAAGUGAAGCAGGAAGACGAUGACGAGUUUGUUUUUGUCUCGUAUGCACCCCGCGCCAAGGCAUUCUUUCACUUUGCUUGUCCCUUCUACAUCUACGAACCAGAAAAACACCAACAAUGCCUUCUCACAGUCGGCCUAAAGUCAAUCGAAGGUGUUGUUGAGCACGUCAUGAAACACCAUUCCCGAUCACCGUAUUGUUCAAGAUGCUAUCAAAAGUUCAACUCGCUGAUUGAUCGCGAUGAUCACGUUCUGACCGGUAGAUGCAAAAGGCGUUACCCAGACCCAUCAGAUGGAGUCAAUGAAGACCAAAAGGCUUGUAUGAUAAGAGCCAAUGAUCAGUACUUAAGUGAAAAGAGGCGCUGGGAUCGAAUGUGGUCAAUUAUAUUCCCAGCUACGGAGUGGCCCCGGUCUCCAUAUCUGGAUCACGGCCAAGGGCUCAAGACAUCGAUGGUAAGAGACUUUUGGGAUUUAUACGGUGUGCAACUUGUCUCGGAGAUUCUCGAGAAUCAGACUGUACGCUCCAUUAAAGAGAUUAACCCUCAUAGUGUACUCUAUGGACUGGGGCUACAAGAUCUCUUGAACAUGGUUAUUCAAGAGUAG